AGUCCCCUCCACCCCUGCUUCGACGGGCCAGUAGAGACGAACCGCGCGGAGCGGAGCGGCGGCCACUCGCACGACCAGCCACCGACAUCUCCCCGGCAGUCGGCGACGAGAACAAAGCAGGAUGCUGCGGCUGGCACUCGGAGUCCUGCUCGUCGCCGCCGUCUGCUCCGGCGUGUUCGUCUCGAACCUGGACCGGGCCUGCCUGCGCUGCCUGUGCGAGGCCGCCUCCGGCUGCAACGAGACCGCGGGCUGCCACCAGGGCUACUGCGGGCCCUUCUGGGUGUCGCGCAUCUACUGGGCGGAGGCCGGCAAGGUGGUCUUCCCCGACGACGACCCCGAGCGGCCCGAAGCCUACCAGGACUGCGCCAACAGCUACGACUGCGCAGCUGGGAUAGUUGAGCACUACAUGGCGGCAGUUGGCAAGGACUGCGACGGCGACGGGGUGACGGACUGCGACGACUACGCCGCCAUCCACUACAACGGCGCGUACAGCUGCGCCAGGCCGCUGAGGGGCACCGCCUUCCUGGCGCGCUACGACCGCUGCCGCCCCACCGCCGCCCCCGGGCGACUCCCGCCGCCGCCGCCCGCUCCCCAGGUGCAGCCGCCCCUCUUCCCCGGCGGCUACCUGGGCGCGCCCGCCUUCUUCGCAGGAUGAUAAUGUCUCCAGUGGGUGACCGAAAACGAGUGUCGGCUACAACCGGUCAGCAUGACCCACUUCUCACGAAGGUCUUCUGGUCACUAGAUGUCUUCAUCUCCAUUUACCAUCGAGAAGAUAAGCUAGUCAGGCCAUGGGGAAGAAACUAACCAUGAAGGAAGUUAUAACAAUUAAAGCAAUAUUUUAAACUUCAGCAUAUAUUGUAUCCCUGUGUGAUCUCAGGGGAUAGUGGUAUUUAUUUUCAGUUAUAUUUUAUUUUGUGAAAAUAGUUUUAAAGUGUAAUUUGAAUAAAACAAAUUAUUUAACAAA